AUGGGUUUGGGUAAUAAUAUGAGAACAAAAAAGCGCAACCAUACUAAUCAUGACAAGGAAGCGAAGAGGGCAUCGCCAGGUUUGCUUGACGGUGUCGAUUGCAAUCUAGUCAACGACAAGCCGUAUUCCGUAAAUUUGAAAGCUACAGGAGAAAUAUUCCUUCUGAAGGCAAGUCGAUUUAGAUUUAAGACAACGUAUUUGUUGGGGGAGAAAGAUGAACUCGGAGCUGAACAGGAAGAGCGUAGAAGAUAUGCACACCUUAAUAAAGAGUUUUCUGAGAAGAUUGCCGAGGCAGUCAGUAUCAGGCGCGUAGAGGUUGACAUCCUAUUCAGGGAGCUUGAAUUUAGCGGAUUCCUUUCAGAACCAACGUCUAUUGCAGCCAACGCUUGA